ACUGUUUGACCCAAGUUGUAACUAUAGUUGUUACUCUCCGCCUCUAGUAUAAACGAACCCUAAAUUGACCCUUAGCUUGGUACGAAUUAAAUUGAUACUAGAAAGCAAAAAACAAUGCUUAAGGAAUUUUGGAAUAUGACAGAGUUAAAUUGAGCUGAAUAUUGUGCAAAGUAACGAUAAAUAAUAUUUAGGAAAGUCUGUAACUUUUAGAUAAAAAUAUGAUCUAAAAAUAUUUAAAUAAAUUAAGUUCUCUUGUGAAAUUCAGAUUAUUAUUAAAAUAUGAACAACUGUUAAUUGUGUUAAAGCCGAAUUUAAAUUUAUGGUUUGAUAAUAUCAAGCAUGUUAUUUAUAGAAUAACUUGCAAAAAAUGUUAGAUAAAAAACAUUUUACAACAUUUGUAUUAUUUGGUGCAGGAUUUUUCACUGCCUUGUUGAUAUCUGGUUGCUUAUUGGUUUGGUUUGUUAAUAAUGAUUCAAAUAUUCAUGUUAAUUUAUCCUCUAAUGUAGUUAAUUCAAGAUACUUCUUAAUUUUAUCUAAUAAUGAUUCUAAAAAUACACAGUCUUACAUAUUUAAUAAAUUAACAGUCGAUGAUGAAACUACUUUAAUCGAUUUUAAAAAAUUCAAAUUUAUAAUAAAUCGCAGUAUUUGCAACGAAACAAAUCCAUUUUUAGUAAUGUUAAUACAUUCUGCACCAUCUAAUUUUAAAAAAAGGCAUGUAAUUAGAGAAACCUGGGGUAGAUCACUGUCAUCUAUCGCAACGUUAUUUUUAGUUGGAAUUUCAGAAAAAUAUCAAAUUCAAUUAGAAGAGGAAAAUACUGAAUACCAAGAUAUCAUUCAGGGAAAUUUUUUUGAUUCUUAUCGGAAUAUUACGUACAAGCAUGUAAUGGCAUUAAAAUGGGUUACUUAUUAUUGUCCACAUGCAAGGUAUAUGUUAAAAUUAGAUGAUGACGUAUUCGUGCACGUACAAGCAUUAGUAGAAUUUUUGAGAAAUAGAUUGUUGACAACAAAUAGCAAACGUCUUAUAUUAUGUGAUACCAUCUCAUCUUCUAUGGUUAAAAGAUCAUGGCGUUCAAAGUGGCGCGUUUCUCCAAAAGAUUAUGCAGAUAUUAAAUAUCCACGUUACUGUGCAGGAUGGGCAAUUUUAUAUUCUUCUGAUGUUGUUUUUCUUCUUUAUAAAGAGGCUCAAAAACAACCUUAUUUUUGGAUAGACGAUGUGCAUAUAACUGGAACACUUGCAAAAAAUAUCAAUCUUACGCAAACAUCACUGCAUUCCAUGAUACUUUCAGAAAAUAUGAUGAAACUGUUGUUACAAAACUCAAAAAUAAAAAAAAAAUUCUUUUUAGGUCCACCUAAUCUGAUGGAAAAUGAAAUAAGAGCGCUAAAUAACGCACUCGCAAUAAAUAAAAGAACAUGAAACUGUGAAUUUCUACGAAUUUGUUUUAUUCUAAAUUGACAGCAUAAUAGAAAUAUAAAAAUUUAAUUGUAAACUCGGAAUAUGGUUACUUUAUGAUAUUUAAUUUUGUUGUUUAUAUGUAAAGAAAACUACAUUCUGUUGC